UCAAACCAGAAUUUCAUAGGAGCAAAAAAGAGAGCAAAGAAGCUGGGUUGUCGGUUGAGAAGACAACUGUGAAGAAAGCGGGAAAGCGAACGACUUCUCUCUCAAAGGGCACACCAGAACCGGACAACCUCCAUUGACAAGGACCCCUUCAACCUCAAGAAGACGGAGACCGCCAUACCAAUUCCAAGUGUUAUGGUGAUUUAAAGUCUCGAAUUUUAGGUAUUAUUAUUAUAAUCAAGUUUCCAUAGAUGCCACCAGAAGAUGGCAGCAAAACCUUUACUGUGGAUGAGGCCCUUGUGUCCAUGGGGUUCGGAAAAUUCCAUGUUCUUGUGCUCUGUUACGCAGGCAUGGCUUGGAUUUCUGAGGCAAUGGAGAUGAUGCUGCUUUCUUUUGUUGGGCCAGCUCUUCGAUCAGCAUGGGGCAUCUCAUCUCAUCAACAAAGCCUUAUUACUAGUGUUGUUUUUGCUGGCAUGCUCGUCGGAGCUUAUUCAUGGGGCAUUGUUUCGGAUAAACAUGGAAGGAGGAAAGGAUUCCUUAUGACAGCUAUGGUUACUGCUGGGGCUGGAUUUAUGAGUGCACUUGCUCCCAAUUAUAUAAUGUUGCUUAUUUGUCGUUGUUUGGUUGGUGUUGGGUUGGGAGGUGGUCCUGUACUCUCAUCUUGGUUUCUGGAGUUCAUUCCUGCUCCUAACAGAGGUACUUGGAUGGUUAUUUUUUCAGCUUUUUGGACUCUUGGAACAAUUUUUGAGGCUUCACUUGCAUGGUUUGUCAUGCCAACACUGGGCUGGAGAUGGCUUCUUGCCCUGUCUUCGAUACCUUCAUCCCUUCUCCUUCUAUUCUAUUGGGUUGCACCUGAGUCACCACGAUUUUUAUGCUCGAAAGGAAGAACAGCUGAAGCACUCAAUGUUUUAGAAAAAAUAGCAAGAAUGAACAAAACCAAGCUCCCUCCUGGUAUUCUUGUUUCAGAUCACCAAAUUGAGCUACAAGAAAAGAAUACCCCAUCAGAAGAAGAAGAUUCACAUUUACUGCCGCCCGCGGGUGAUGAAAACACAACUUCUAAGAAAACAGAUUCCAAGACAGGGGCAUUUUCAUCACUAUUAAUUCUUCUUUCCCCAAAAUUAGUUAGGUCUACCUUGCUUUUAUGGUUUGUAUUUUUUGGAAAUGCUUUUUCAUAUUAUGGCCUCGUGUUGCUGACAUCUGAGUUAAAUAAUGGACAUAGUAAAUGUUAUCCAAACAAUUUGCAAUCACCAAAGUCACAGGAUGUCAGCUACAGAGAUAUUUUCAUCACUAGUUUUGCCGAACUGCCUGGACUUCUAAUAGCUGCCUUCACAGUAGAUAGACUGGGCCGUAAACGUUCAAUGUCAACCAUGUUCUUUGUGUGUUGCGUAUUUCUAUUCCCUUUGGUUAUCCAUCAGCGUCAAGAUCUGACUACAGCCCUAUUGUUUGGAGCUCGCACAUGCAUCACAGCAACCUUUACAAUUGUCUAUAUAUAUGCUCCAGAGAUAUACCCAACCUCAGUUAGAACAUCAGGUGUUGGACUUGCGAGCUCAGUGGGAAGAAUUGGUGGAAUGACAUGUCCCCUCGUGGCAAUAGGAUUAAUACACGGAUGCCAUCAAACUGCGGCGGUUAUUCUUUUUGAGAUUGUAGUUUUUCUUUCAGGGAUCGGCGUACUGCUCUUCCCAUUUGAAACCAAGGGUCGUGAAUUGACCGAUCAUGUAGCUACCUCAAAACAAUUAGAAUCAUCAGUGGUAUGAACUCACCACAGUGAACAGAUACAGAGGUAGCCCUUCCAUACAAUGUCAUAAUUUUGCAGAUAUUAUAUAUAUGAAUGAGACACUAGGCUCCACCCUUCCCAUGCUUA